GUACAAGAUUUGUAAAAAAAUAUUUAAGUCAUUUGUUUCACAAUUGUCGAAAAUACUUUCCAAUUUCUUUUCUUUUUUUUUAAUUUGAUAAUUAUUUUUUUUUUGGAAUUUUCGACGAUUCUAUAUAAAAACGGUUUCUAAUAGCUUCGAUAAGAAUUUUUUCUUCAGAUACGUUUUCUCACGGACGAAUAGAAAAAACCAAAAAAAAAAUAGGAAUCUUUAUAACCGAUUGCUCAAUAAGUUUCGUUGUUCAAUAAGAGAUGACGCUAUGAGAUUUGUCCGAGAAUAGCACGUACUCAAAUUUAUAGAAAUAUUUCGAAAAUCCAUUUUUAUUUCAAUCCAUACGGAAGUUUUAGAAUCAUAAUAAAACACGUUAAUUUAGCGUUUUCGAGAUGGAUUAACUUCCGGUUCGAUUUUACUGAAUUUGAUUUAUAAAUUAAACGAAGGUUUUUAUUUUGAGGAGUUUAUUUUAACGAGAGAAGGGUUUGGUUCAAAAGGAAAACCACGUACAGUAAAAAAAGGCAAAAAUAAUUGUUGUUCGCGUUUUUUUUUCAACUUUUACUUAAUUUCGAAUUGGGAACUGACUCUUGAUGUUGUUAAGCAGACUGAGGAAGGGAUCCAUUUUCUGGUUUGGUUGGUUAGGUUAGGUAUACUUUAGCUUAGAUUAGAUUAGGUAUACUUUUCCGUGAUAAUUUGACUUGAUUUGUCUUUUUUCUAUGAAAAUCACUUUUUACAUGUUAUUUUAAAUUGAUUUUCAUAGAAAAAAGACCUAAAAUAAAGACAAAUUAUCACAAAAAAACAUAUAAAAAGGUCUAAGAAGUAAAAAAGCUGAAGAAAAGUUAGGUAUACUUUAGCUUAGGUUAGAUUUACCUUAUCUUCGAUUAGACUAGGUUAACUUUAGUUUCUAUUAGGUCAGGUUAGGUUUAGCUCCUCUUAGGUUAGGUUUACUUUAGCUUCGAUCAGGUUAGGUUAACCUUAACUUACUUUAGGUUUGCUUUAGCUUUAAUUUGGUUAGUUUAACUUUGGGUUACGUUGAGUGAGGGUUCGUCUAGCUUAGAUUAUCUUAAUAGGCUGAUUAGCCGGAAAUUGCUGAUAUUUAUAUGGAGUGAUUUAUGAAGCCAAUUCGAAAAACCGAACAGAAAAUCAUUCCAAUUACUGGCAAAAUUGGAAGUACUAAUUUGCAACAUAUGGGAUUUUGAUAAAUGGAUUGUAUGACAUCUAAAACGUUAAAUUAACGAGUUUAUAUGAUGUAAAAUCAUGCUAUUUACCAAAGAGUAUUUUUUGGUAAGAGAAAUGGCCUUGAAUUUUUAAUCGAAUGACGAAAACUUAUUGAACAAACAGGUAUUAUUUUUAACUUUUAUUAAUAAAUUAAAUUAGCAAUGAAAAUUACUAAAAAAAAUAUUAGAAUCAACUCGAAAUAUCCAGUGGAUAUAAUUUUUUUAAAAAAAAGUUAUUGCUUAAAUUUAUAGUCACGAAUCAGAAUUUGUGACCAAAUUUUUUUUAAACAUCCAUUCCGAUAAAAAUCAACUUUUAUUAUUACCUGUAAUACAACCAGGAUUUGAUAAAAAGAAAAUUAUUUACAAUAGAGAUUUAAACAACCUACAAGUACGUUUAAUCGUUAAAUUUAAUCGACUUUAAAAGACAAAAUAACAAGUUUCAAUAAUGAGUUUUUUUUGUUAGUUAUAUUAUAAUCAACGUAUGUUGAUCAAAUCAGAAUUAUGUAUUCAAUUAUCAAUUAUAAAAAUAAUUUCGAUAAACGGUGAUCUAUUAAUUUGAGAUAGUUUUAUCGUUUACUACCAUAGAAAUUAUAAUAUGAACUCCAUUUUCGUAUAAAACAAAUAUUUCCAACCAAAUUUGAAAUCAACUAAAUUAAUUUUAUUUUUAACCAUUGGUAUAACUGAUGAAUCCGUUACAAUUUUUUUGAAUGUCAUAUCUGGUUGGAUACUGUUGGUGAUAAAGGCCAAAAAUUCAACCAAGCAGUAAUUCCGUCAAAUUCAAAUAUUGCCUAUUUGAAUGGCUAAGAAAACAGCUGAUCUACUUCAAAAUGGCGACCGAGAAGUAAAGAAGUCUUCUCAAGUUUAAAUUUAAUUUAGGUCUGUUUUAUCUACGUAUGUUACGAUUGGUACAACAAUAAAUUCCAUUUCAAUUUCUUUUGUGCUCAAGUACUAUUAAGGUAAAGGCCAAAAAUCUAAACCAAGAAGAAGUAAUUCUGUCAAACAGUUAUGAACAAAUGGAGGAAAGUGGAUAGUUUUUUCGAGUUUAAAUUUGAUUUCAGUUGGUUUUAUCUACGUAUUGGUACAAAUCAAUAAAUUUCAUUUCAAUUUCUUUUGUACUUGAGUAUUAUUAAGGUAGAGGCCAAAAAACUAAACCAUGAAGAAGUGAUUCUAUCAAACAGUUAUGAACAAAUAUGGAGGAAAGUGGAUAUUUUUUUCAAAUUUAAAUUUUAUUUCGGUUUGUUUUAUAUACGUAGUAACAGUUGGUACAACUGAUCAAUCCAAUAAUUUCAUUGUUGGUGAAGUACUUCAAAAGUAGGUGCCGAACAACUAAACUAAUAAAUAGUAAUUAUGUCAAUUUCAUUUCGAUUUCUUUUGCGCUCAAGUACCGUUAAGAAAGAGGCCAAAAAGGUAAAAAAAGAAGUAGUACUUCUGUCAAAAACAAUCUAUUGCGAGCUAGUAGUGAACAAACAUGGAGGAAAGUAUGUAAUUUUUUUGUAUUUGUUUUCGGUCUGUCUUUUCUAUAUAAGUGAAUAGUGAAAAUGAUUUAUGAAAGUUCUUGAAAGUGCUAGGUAAAGGCCGAAAAAUUGGAGAAAAAGAAGACGAAUUUUUCAGUCAAAUAGAAAAAUGGUGCAAAUUAAAUAUCUACAAUAUUUUCCCGUUAUUUCGAAGAAUAUUCAAACCGUACGUUUAGUAAUCGCAAAAUCGUAUUGUAAGGGUAGAAACGUGAAAAUUUCUGAUAGUGAAAAACUAAAAAAUCCGCAAAUAGAAUCAAUACUUUUCAAAAGCGAUGAAGAACGCGGAGUCCCCGAAAGAGAAAAAGAAGCAGCCAUAACUAGUAGAUUAUCAAAAGAAUAUGAUCAAUUAAAUUCAAAUAAACUUUUGUUGAGAUUAACCGAUGGAUUUAAAUUAACCCUCGACGAUGACCAGAAACCGAAUAUACCACCGAAUCAACCUUUAGACGAAACUAUUAGUAAAUUGAAAGAUGCCGUUGCCGAUCUUCCCUCUGACGAUCUACCUCCAAAAGAACCUUCUAUUAAAAAAUUAUCUCUCACCAGACAAGAACCAGGACCAGUUAUUUGGGGAUUUGUACCGAAAGAAUGGGUCACAUUCUUUUAUCCUAAAACUGGAGUCUGCGGAUUUUAUACAUUCCUAUUUACCACUGUAACUUAUUUAGUUAGUAAAGAGAUUUACGUCCUUGAACACAAUUACUACAGUGGACUUUCUGUGGCUGUAAUGGUUUGGGCUGCUGUUCACUACAUAGGACCACCUCUAGCGAAAUGGUUGGACAAGGAAAUUGAUGAUUACGAAAAUGCGUGGAAGAAGAGCAGAGAAGAUAGAAUUCAAGGUCUAAAAGAAGAAUUAGCUCACGAAAAGUACCUCCAAUACCAAGCAGAAGGACAACUGUUAUUAGUUGAAGCUAAAAGGGAAAACGUGGCUUUGCAGUACGAGGACGAAUUUCGUAAAAGGCAAAUGCAUGUUUACGCAGAUGUAAAACGUAUUUUGAAUUAUCAAGUAGCCACCGGAGACGUUUUUAGAAAAAUCCAACAAAGAAAUUUGGUGCAAUACGUUGAAGCGGAAGUACGGAAAUCAGUUACGCCCGAAAUGCAAAAUAAACUUAUCGACGGUUCGAUCGAGAUGCUGGUUGGCGAACUAUCCAAAACGAUAGUUUCUGUGAAGAAAGAAGAAGUUAUGGCACCGGUGAAACCCCCAACAGACGGAAAAUCUGAUGAAGGUGGUAAAGAUGAUAAAAAUAAAAAGUGAAAAUUGUACGCCUAUUAAAAAUUCAGUUAAUUCUAAGUAUGUAGAUUUAUAUUUUUCGAAAAAUUUGAGUUUGGAAAUAAAAUAAUUUUGCUUACUUGUU